GGAGGAGAACUGGCACUCUGCUGGCCCCAGGACCAUGACAAAAGCUGAGAGAACAACUCUCAACAUCCUCAGCAAAACAGUAACUGAUACGAUAAUGGAUAUCAUCGAUCAAACCACCAAAAAUCCUGAGAUAGUCAGGAAAGAAAACAGGAGCUCAAUCUGCUGAUGAAGAGCUGCAUGAGUCAGAACUUUUUGAAAGUAAAACUCCAAAGCCUGAUAUAAUGAGACUUAAACUUGGACCAAGUUCUGAAACAAAGUUAGAGGCCCUUGAUUCAGAACAGCAAGUGGAGCUUGAGGAUGUACAUGAUGAAGCUCCGUUUGAAAGUAGCAGCCAGCCAGGAACAGAGGAAGAAGCCUCUCAAGGUUUAACUUUGCCAUAUAAUCUUCUAGAGAGUGUUGUUGAUGGACUGCUCGCAAAGCUGAAGGCUACAUAUCAUGUUGACAUUUUUGGCAUUUAUUUUUCUGAAGCUCUUGACGUCAGUCUGGCAAAGGGACUGGCAAACCUGGAAGGAAUUAAUGUUACUAGUAGUUUCAGUCUUAGCAAUAAGUCUUUUCCCGACGAGAACGAUACUGUUUUACAAAUUGUAAAUGAAGCUCAUGGCACCCUGACACAAAAGAACUACCUGAAGGCAGUUUGGCAUGAAACUGAAAUGGCUGUAAUCUAUCUCACAGCUAUCCUAUUUGCAGUUAUCCUUGAAUACAUGGUGUUGUGUCCUAAGGCACAAAAGAAUAACUUGACUAGUGAAAGCUUUACCUUAUGUGGAUCAAACACUGGGUCUUGGAAUCCUCCUGUAAUUAAUGAGUUUUGCAUCGAAAUGCAGGCCUGUGCUGCAUCUCCAUCACCUGUGGAGGAUAUUGAUUCAUCUCUUUGCAACACCGCUCAAGCUAGCGUCAAUGACAUGAGGUCUGGAAAGUACCAGGAUUCUGGCCAGGGAGGAAUAGAUGAAUUAUGCUGUGAAGACCAGAGACUAGAUUCUGAUAAACCUCUCGGUCCAGCUCUCAGAGACGUCACACCUAAAGUAAGGAGGAAAGACUGGAGAAAGACCUUAAAAUCCAUCCGAAACGGGAUUCACAGGAUAGACAAAUACCUUAACAUGGCUUUGGACCUGAUCGGAGGUUCAGACGGACGGUGUCUCUUUAAGUGCAGCGACGGGUACACACCAAUUCCUCGCCCCAACUACAAACCUGCUCCACCCAACGGAUGUGGCUCCCCACUGUUUGGGUUUCAGUUUGAUGUUGGGAUCCCAUCUAUGACCAGAUGCUGUAAUGAGCAUGAUCAAUGCUAUGAUACCUGUGGGAGAAAGAAAAAUGACUGUGAUGAGCAGUUUCAGGUCUGUCUGGAGAGCAUUUGUGGGCAUUUACAAAUGACACUGGGCUUGUCCCAAAGUGUUCAAGCCUGUGAGUCAGCAGUGACUUUGCUCUUUGAUACUGUCAUGCACAUGGGAUGUAAGCCUUACCUGGAUAGCCAAAGAUCAUCCUGUAUUUGUCACUAUGAGGAGAAGGCUGAUCUAUGAACACUAGUUAUGUAUAUUGUGAUAUACUGAUUGAUUGUUAUUGUCUCAGGGUACAGCACAACUCAUUACCUUAUGUUUUUUGUUUGUAUUUGUUUAUUUCAUUGUGAGCUGUUUAUGUUGUAAUUGCAAAAGAAGUGAGAUUAAUGUGAUUCUAAAUAUAUAAUAAUAUAUAAAAUAUAUUUAUAUUUAUAAAUGUAUAAAAUGAACUUGAUUCUAAAUAAGAUCUAAUAUAAAUACUGCUGUUCCUUUUCAUUAUAUAUAUAUAUAUAUAUAUAGUGAAUACAAAUAAAGUGACGCUAUUCAAAAUCAAUGUAUCAUUAUGCAUAUAUUCUUCUGUUAUCUAAAUCAGUAUUUAAUUCAUCUUAAACUAGUAUGAUAAUUUUCUUUAUUAUGCUCUACACAAAAGAAGAUAUUUGGAAGAAUGUUUGUAACCAAGCAGAUUUUGUUAUUCAUUCAUUAUUAUAUAAUUAACUAUGAAUAGCACAGAAUAGUCAUAGUCAAAGCUUUUCCAAAUCAGAAUUUUAAUAUAAAGGCAAUGAGUAAUAGAGUAAGCAAAUUGACAUCUUAUGCCUUAACGUAUCAGUUUGCAUGUUUUCACAAUAGCCAGUGGCCAAAGCACUUCAUCACAGUAUGUCUAGUAACAGCUAAUCUCAAACACGCUCACAAAAAAACCUAGAAUAUU